GCGAGCUCUGGAUGCGCGGAUUAUCCCGCUACACUGGAUUUGACCUCAGCAUCAUUCCAUCCGCGCUUCAUCACUCGCGAUGUGGAUUUAACGUGUUUUAGACAAUUUGUAGAAUAAACCGGAAUCUCCGUCGGUGGAAUAUAAUCUUCAUCAUAUGAGAUCAGUCAAAAGAAGGACCAAUGUGGCCAUUAACAUGUGGCGAUAUAAUAGAAUCAGAAACAAUAUGGAGCAUCUCUGUUUUAGUCCAGAAAGUCGACUCAAGGGAACAUCAUCAGUAACGCCUAUCUAGAUAGCAGAAGCUGACCGGUUGUUCACUUCUAAUCUAAAAGUAAUUUGGUCUGUUUGGAAUUCAUCCUGGUACCCCUAACAGGAUUCAGGAUAGCAUGUGUCAAGAACCUCAAUGGCCUCACCUAUAUGUUUAUCAUCUAAAGGAUUUGAUGUUUCCUCAAUGAUCUUCACAUCAUUUACCAGAAAGCGUAACUGAGGAAUUUUAGUUUGUUCAGUACACUCUUGUAGCAUAACCACUGGUUACCAUGCCUCUCAUUUGCCGGCCCCAUUGUGUACUAUUACUGCUCAGCACCUUCCUGAGUCUCGGCUUGGGCCUGGAGUUCACAGGCUCAAAGGGUCAGUGGGCACGCUAUCUACGCUGGGAUGCCAGCACCAGAAGUGACCUCACCUUUCAAUUCAAAACAGCUAUAUCUGAUGCUCUGGUUCUCUACUUUGAUGAUGGAGGAUAUUGUGACUUCCUGCUCUUGAGCAUUGAGGAAGGCAAGCUGAAGUUACGUUUUAGUGUGGACUGUGCAGAAACCACUAUAACCUCCGACAAGAUGGUAAACGACAGUCGUUGGCACUUUGCCACCAUCAGCAGGCACAACUUGCGAACCGUGUUGGCACUGGACGGAGAGUCAAAGGUGGAUGAGGUGAGACCGCAAAGGCAGUUCAUGAAGAUUGUCAGUGACCUGUAUCUUGGAGGAGUGCCUCAAGACAUUCGGACAUCUGCCCUAACACUUCCAGCGGCUAAGGAGAUGCCACCGUUCAAGGGGAUUAUUACAGACCUGGGUUACGGGAAUCAGGUUCCAACACGCUUGGGGAGCCAAAAGGUCCGCUUAGAGAUGGAAGGCUUGUGCACGGAAAACCCCUGUGAAAAUGGAGGCAGUUGCAGCAUGGCUGACGGUGAAGCUUACUGUGACUGCUCCAAAACAGGAUAUGUAGGUCGUUACUGCAAUGAAGCUGUCAACAAAACCCCUGGGUUCGCGCAUAUGGUGAAAUCUCCGCAAGGCAGAAAUAAAGCACGCGAGGACAACGUUGCGACUUUCCGGGGUUCGGAGUACUUCUGCUAUGACUUGUCUCAGAAUCCUAUCCAAAGUAGCAGUGAUGAGAUCACUCUAUCCUUCAAAACUUGGCAACGCAAUGGUCUCAUCCUCCACACGGGCAAGUCGGCUGACUACGUUAACCUUGCGCUGAAAGACGGUGCUGUUUCGUUGGUCAUCAACCUGGGCUCAGGAGCCUUUGAGGCUAUCGUUGAGCCCGUCAAUGGAAAGUUCAAUGACAACGCCUGGCAUGACAUCAAAGUGACACGCAACCUGAGACAGCACUCAGGCAUUGGACACGCUAUGGUGACUAUAUCGGUUGAUGGUAUAUUGACCACCACAGGAUACACUCAGGAGGAUUACACUAUGCUGGGCUCAGAUGAUUUCUUCUAUGUGGGGGGAAGCCCAAGCACUGCUGACCUGCCUGGAUCUCCUGUCAGCAAUAAUUUCAUGGGCUGCCUGAAAGAGGUGGUGUACAAAAACAAUGACAUACGACUGGAACUCUCUCGUUUGGCCCGCAUUGCAGACCCCAAAAUGAAGCUACAAGGGGAUGUGGUGUUUAAAUGUGAGAAUGUCCCCACUCUAGACCCUAUCUCCUUUGAGACACCGGAAUCUUUCCUCGGCCUACCUAAGUGGAACACCAAGCGUGUGGGCUCAAUUUCCUUUGACUUUCGCACUUCAGAGCCCAACGGACUAAUCCUUUUUACGCAAGGUAAACCCCAGGACAAGAAAGAUUCUCGUAGCCAGAGGAGCAACAAAGUGGACUUCUUCGCUGUGGAACUUCUAGAUGGAAAUCUCUAUCUUCUGCUGGACAUGGGAUCAGGAACGAUUAAAGUCAAAGCCACGCAGAGUAAGGUCAAUGAUGGAGCCUGGCACCAUGUGGACAUCCAGAGAGAUGGAAGAUCAGGAAUCAUCUCUGUGAACAGCCGUCGAACUCCAUUCACAGCCAGUGGAGAGAAUGAGAUUCUAGACCUGGAGGGUGACCUAUAUCUCGGAGGUCUGCCAGACAACCGUGUUGGCCUGGUUCUUCCCACUGAACUGUGGACUGCUAUGCUAAACUAUGGCUAUGUGGGGUGCAUCCGUGAUCUCUUCAUAGAUGGACGAAGUAAAGACAUUCGCCAGAUCGCAGAGGCACAGAACGGAGUCGGAAUCAAGCCGUCCUGCAGCAAAGUAACAGGCAAACAGUGUGACAGCAACCCUUGCAAAAACAACGGCAUUUGCAAAGAGGGCUGGAAUCGCUUCAUCUGUGAAUGCACUGGGACCGGAUACUGGGAUCGAACCUGUGAGAGAGAGGCAUCUGUCCUAAGUUAUGACGGCAGUAUGUAUAUGAAAGUGGUGAUGCCGACAGUAAUACAUACAGAGGCAGAGGAUGUGUCUUUGCGGUUUAUGUCCCAGCGUGCCUUUGGCCUGUUGAUGGCUGCCACAUCACGUGAGUCCGCAGACACACUACGUCUAGAGCUGGACAGCGGCCGUGUCAAACUGACCGUCAACUUAGACUGUGGCAGGAUAAACUGUAACACCAGUAAAGGACCAGAGACAUUGUAUGCUGGCCAGAAAGUGAAUGACAACGACUGGCACUCAGUCAAAGUGAUGCGGCGUGGUAAAAAUCUCAAACUCAUGGUGGACGAUGAUGUAGCUGAAGGUCAGAUGAAUGGUGACCACACUCGGCUGGAGUUUAGUAAUAUCGAGACCGGAAUCCUGACAGAACGGCGUUUUGCCUCCACAGCUCCAUCCAACUUCAUUGGUCACCUGCAAGGCCUGAAGUUUAACGGCCUCCUCUACAUUGACAUGUGCAAGAACGGGGACAUCGAAUUCUGUGAGCUCAAUGCUCGAUUCGGCAUGCGUUCCAUUGUGGCCGAUCCAGUUACCUUCAAGACCAAAGGAAGCUAUCUGGGUCUUGCUACACUCCAGGCUUACAGCACCAUGCACCUCUUCUUUCAGUUCAAAACUACCUCGGGUGAUGGUUUCAUUCUCUUCAAUAGUGGAGAUGGGAAUGAUUUUAUUGCCGUGGAGCUUGUCAAAGGGUAUAUUCACUAUGUGUUUGACCUGGGAAAUGGACCGAGUCUUCUGAAGGGAAACAGCGACAGUCCUCUUAACGACAACCAGUGGCACAAUGUGGUGAUCACUCGAGACGCUAGCAACACACACACGCUAAAGGUGGACGCCAAGUCUGUCAGCCAGGUGGUCAAUGGAGCAAAAAAUCUAGACCUGAAAGGUGAUCUGUUUGUAGCCGGUUUGGGACCCAACAUGUACCAGAAUCUGCCAAAGCUGGUGGUGUCUCGUGAGGGUUUCCAGGGCUGCUUAGCCUCCAUGGAUCUCAACGGCCGCCUGCCUGACCUCAUCAAUGAUGCUCUGUUUCGCAGUGGGCAGAUCGAACGUGGCUGUGAAGUUGGUUUCACCAAAGCUGACCUGCAAGGGCCCAGCACUACAUGCCAGGAGGAUUCGUGCGCCAACAUGGGUGUGUGCAUCCAGCAAUGGGAGAACUUCACCUGUGACUGCUCCAUGACCUCUUACUCUGGCACACAAUGCAAUGACCCUGGAGCUACAUACAUCUUUGGAAAGGGCGGCGGACUUAUCACAUACACAUGGCCCAAUAACGAGAGGCCCAGCACUAGAACCGAUAGACUGGCAGUGGGCUUCAGCACCACUAUCAAGGACGGGAUUCUGGUCCGCAUCGACAGCGCCCCCAGACUAGGAGACUACAUCAUGCUCCAUAUUGAAGAAGGAAAGGUGGGCGUAACAUUCAAUAUUGGUACAGUGGACAUCAGCGUCAAAGAGCUGACUACAGAAGUCAACGAUGGAAAAUAUCAUGUUGUGCGGUUCACAAGGAAUGGAGGAAAUGCCACCUUACAGGUGGACAACUGGCCAAUCAACGAGCAUUUUCCAUCAGGCAACAGCGACAAUGAGCGUUAUCAAAUGGCUAAUAAGAAAAUCCCGUUCAAAUAUACCCGGCCGGUCGAAGAUUGGCUACACGAGAAAGGUCGUCAGCUGACCAUUUUUAACACCCAAGCCACCAUCUCAAUAGGCGGUAAUGACCGCAAGCGACCAUAUCAAGGCCAGCUCUCUGGUCUUUAUUACAAUGGCCUGAAGGUUCUCAACAUGGCAGCUGAGGGUCAUGCUAACAUCAAGAUAAAUGGUAGUGUGAGACUGGUGGGGGAUGUGCCCACCAGCAGAAGUCCCUCACGUACCACCACCUCCAUGCCCCCAGAGAUGUCUACCACCUUCAUUGAGACCACCACCACCCUGUCAACCACCACUACCCGCAAACAGCGUUCACCACCCACCAUUCAGCAGACAACAGAUGACAUUGUGUCCUCUGCAGAAUGUUCCAGCGACGACGAGGAUCUGGAGGAGUGUGACGGGGGACACACAGGAGGGGAGUUAGUUAUCCCUGUUCUAGUUGAGGAUCCCAUAGACACCCCCCCUGUUUCCACUCGAGCCCCUUUCAUCCCCCUUCCCCCGACCCUACACCCCGUCCUCACCAUUAUUGAGACCACCAAAGAGUCCCUGUCAAUUGCCACUGAGGCGGGGGUACCUUGCUUGUCGGACCAAGGCAGCGAUGAUUGUGAUGAUGAUGAUGGUGAUGAUGAUGAUGAUGGUGAUGGCUUGGUGAUAUCGGGGUUUGGCUCUGGGGAGGCCUUCGACUCUAGCCUCCCCCCUACUGACGAUGAAGAUUUUUACACCACCUUCUCCCUGGUAACAGAUAAGAUCUUGACCACAUCGACCUAUGAAGGUGGCUACAAAGCUCUCGCACCCAAGUGGGAAGUAAAGGAUUUUAAACCUAGCAAGGCCUCUGAGGCAGGCAGGACUACAGCGAUCCCGCCUCUGCCUGACUUCAGGAGCUCAGCGGCAUCGCCUGUCACGUCUGAGACCGCUCCUAAAAUCCCAGCUGGGAAAAUGAACAACCGUGAGAUCAAACCCCAACCGGAUAUAGUGCUACUACCACUCCCCACAUCUUUCGACAUAGACGGCACAAAACCGAGGGGGCCGUACAUCACCCAGCCCAUGUUGCGCACCAUCCCCAGUGCUCAGCCCACUGUGCCAGGUAUCAGGAGAGUGCCUCCUGGUGCCUCAGAGGUAAUACGUGAGUCCAGCAGCACUACAGGUAUGGUGGUGGGUAUUGUCUCUGCUGCUGCCCUGUGCAUCCUCAUCCUCCUUUAUGCCAUGUACAAAUACAGGAACAGGGACGAGGGCUCAUAUCAGGUAGAUGAAACACGGAACUACAUCAGCAAUUCUGCACAGAAUAAUGGCACAGUAGUCAAAGACAAACAGCCCAGCACUAAGGGUGCCAGCAACAAGAGGCCCAAAGACAAGGACAAGGAAUACUAUGUAUAAAACUAAAUCUGAAUGACAACUCAUAGACAGAACAAUAUCUGAAAAAUUUUAAACAGAAAACAGUGAUUUUACACAAAAAAAUCCUUUAAGAACUCAAACACAUUGAGUCGAAAUGAACCCAUUUCCGAGUUAUGUGAUUUGAAGCACACUUAAGCAUAUGGUAAGCAUAGGAAGAAAGCAAAUAGGACUCUGGGGACCUUGAUACCUUACUGGUUGUGGGACAAUGCCAGUGUAAAAUAUCUCAUUGUUACAUUGUUAUCCCUCAAGUGACUUUCUGAGGUACAAAAUCCUUGGUGUAAAAAAAGAUGAAGGAAAAAAAAAAACAAAGCAACCCUUGUCCAUUGUAACCCUGUACAAAUCAAUUAUGAUCAUGGGUAAUGGUCAUGAUUAUUGGACAUGCAUGUGAUGUGUGUGAUGUAGUACUGAUAUCUUUGCAAAGAGGAGAACUAAAGGAUGUUGUUUUGGAAAUGCAAAGUGGGAAAAUUGCCAUAAAACAGUACUUUUCUAACCCACGCUGGAGAAGUGUUCCAUUAAACAAAUGGUAUGUUUGUCUUUUUUAUAGUUUUUUUUUUUUUUUGAGUAUGUAUUUCAGGGGUUUACUGAUUGAAAAAUGUUUUUUUUUACUUGUAUUAACAUACUCAUUUCCCCUUCAUUUCUGUUUUUAUUUUUCAUCCUUUUCUCUUCCUGUAUCUGUCAAGGACUAAUUUGCUUUAACAUUUGUAUUCUGAUUGAGCUCUGUCAUGUAUAGCCAGUUUCAACUGAAAAGCAUCCAUCUUUAACAAAUUAAAAAUCAGACAUUCAAAAUUAAAUUUAGGAAUCCCUCUUUCAGUUUUGACUCCCUAAGUCGCACACACAACUCACAUCAAAUAAACAAAGCAUGACAACUGAAAGAGGGCUGAAAUAUGAAUUUAUUUGAGGAAGUCAAAAGUGUAUAUUUCAUGUUGUCACAGUCAUCUGUGUCAAACAAUAAAUAUGUUUACAUAUUUUAUUACAUCAUAGAUUAUUGUACAUAACAGUUGAUUUUGACAUUUUUCAUACUCUUUCUGUACAAACUGAACAAACAUCUUUGUUUAUUGUAGCUCAUCCAGUGUAGCUCAUCCAAACGUCUGAGCCCAUGUUAACAAUCAAAUUGAUAUUCAAAACUGAAUAUAAGCAGGGAAAUGGUCAGAAGGUUUCAGUAUUUUAGGUGAACAAAUAAAUAAAGUAAUAUUAUGAACAAUGAAGAAAUAUUUCUUCACUAAUUUCUCUGUUGCUAAUCAGAUCAAAUAAUUUGUCUAAUUUCAAAUCUGACAAAGGGCAGAUUUUCCUGCUACUGUUUAUGUACACAAAUUAAGAGUGAUAAAAACACCAGCACCUCAUUUAUAAAGUGUGUACUUAAAGAUGUGCGUAUGCUUAAAUUCAUGCCAGUGCUCAUGUUUAUAAAAACUUUUUAGAGUCUUUGAUGUUGAAAAGUGCUAAGCGUCGUGUCAGGGUAUGAGUAGAAGUACACACUUUUUAUUUUUGGAGUAUUACAACUUUCUGGAAAAGUAAGUUUGUAUAAAUUAUGAUAAUUGGUAAGAUUUUAUAUGUUAAUGACAUUAAUUAGGAGUAAUUUACAGUGCAGAGAGCUGAAACCAUUAAGUUGCACUCAAGUUCAAAAAGCAUUAACGAUUCAUAGAUCGCACAUCUGAAAGAGAGGUGUAAGUGCAUGUUCUGUUCAUAUGUUCAUUCUAUGAAUCAAACGUACACAUAUUUGAGAGAUGAUCAUAGGAUCAAAUUUAGGACAGUUUCUGCACAACAUUUUAUAAAUGAGGCCCAAACCUUUGGAGUCCAUGUCAGAUCAAAUGCCACUGUCAAUAAAGCAAAAACAUUUGUUUUAUGUUUACUUUAUUACUUUACUUCUUGUCAUUGUUUAUGAUAUUACUUUAUGACAAAUUUAAAAUGUAUAAAUGCAAAAUAGAAUUUUACCUUUGUGGUCCCAGACAUUUGGACCCAACUGUACCUGCAUAAAGUGCAGUCGAAGAGUAUUGGAACAGUAAUGUAUGUUAACCUGUCUCAAUGUUGUUACUGAGUCAGAUCAUUGAAAAUAAUAACUUUAUCUGGUAGAAAUCACCUCCACACAAUUAGUACUCCAUGUAACUGGUUAUUUUACAGCUGGUUUUUGUUUUGUAUUUAAAUAAGGUUACAAGAGCUCAUAAAAUAAAGGUGGAUGAUGGAUUGGAUUCAUACUGCCACCAUAUUUCUGAAACAUUUUAUUUAUUUAUUUUGGUCUGUGUCUCAUUCUGUGUAUUUAUGAUUUUCACCAUGUUGCGCUGUUGUCGUGCAGUCUUCUAGGUUUGUUGCAUUAUGCUCAUUCGUGCUGGCAGUAGUUGCAAAUCCUUUUUUUUCUCAAGUAUAUUCAUUCUUUUUUUGUUAUCAUCACAGCACUCAAGAGUUGUGCUGUCAUUUUUAUUUUGUGUUUUUUUUUUUCAAUUCAUUAUUGUUUUCACUCUUGACAACUAUGUCCAGCAAUAAAAAUGUUCCCAGUUGUUUUUAAGGCUAGUGUGAAAUGUUCUAUUUAUUUCCACAAGCUUUUGACAUUCCACAGGAUUAUGAAAUUGCUAAUAAUUAUUCAUGACUUAAUUUUAAAAAUAUAUAUGGUUGGAAUAACUAUGGUUUAUUUAAAAAAAAAAUCUGUAUAUGGGGGAAAUGCUUAUGAAGAAAAGGAUUUAGAAAUACUGGGGUACGGUGGUUGAAAAAGUUGACAGGUAAAAUAUCUACUAAAGGUAGUAGGCUACAACUGUGCUUUUAACAUGAUUCUGGUCAUUGAGAGAUCAAUGAAAAAAGGUAAUGCAAUACAAAUCUAUCUGCAUUAACUGGUUAAGUAACUUUACAGUAUACCAUUAGCAGUGCGGACUAAUAAUCCAUAAUACAAACAGUGUGUAUAUUAGAGAUUCAAAGUGUAACUGAAAAACAGAUUAAUGAUCACACUGUCAUUAAGAAAUGUAACACUUCCCAAGUGGAAACAUAGCACUGAGCAAUUAUAUUCUUCCUUUUUUCAUUAUCCCCUGAUUUAUUUGACAGUCCCUCUGCAUUAUUAAAUGAUACGUGGCCAGUUAAUCAUGUGAACUGAGUUAUAUCUGAUCAGUGUUGUGGCUAAUGUUGAUGAAUGAAAUGAGAGCAUGCAAUCAUCUUUCCUCAUCAUACUGCAGCUGGAGCCCAAAUGGAGCAUUUGAUGAGCUCUCAUCACCACUAAUAAAUGUCCAUUUCACAAGAGCUGGCCAAAAUUAGGGAAAGCUACAAUUAUUAGUGCUUAAGCAAUGACAUCUCAGACUGAGGAGUUUUAACUAGAGAAAUAGUUUUCCUCAAAAAUAAAAUUCAGAUAUUAUUAUCAUCUCCUUGUGUUGUUUCAAACGUGCAUUUCAAAUGUGUUGUUUUUUAUGGAAUAAAAAUUGUAAGAAUCUUGUAAUGGA